CAAUCACGUCCGCUUGCAGUGCUUGUCAAUAUCAUUGGACAUGAAGAUUAUCGUGUGCGUUUUUGCUUUGAUUGUCUUGGUUCAUUGUCAGGCGAAAUCAAUUGCACCAUGGGCCAGAUUUGCGGCAAACAUUAGGACCAACUCAUGGAGAAGUGUGAUUACUGUGAAUCGCAACACCAAGAUCGUUGGAGGCUCUUACGCAACAAAUGGGCAGUUGCCUUUUCAGGUGGGCAUGUACUUGGACGGCACCGGUUUUUGCGGCGGCUCGCUUAUUAGCGACACCGUCAUUCUGACGGCCGGACACUGCGUUGUCGGAACUCGCACUUUCACGGUGCACGCCGGCUCCAUCGACGUUGACCUCACCACCACUCCGGCACAGAUCGUGACGGCCACGCAGAAAAUUUUGCACGAGUUUUACUCACCGACAAAUUUGUUGAAUGACAUCGGCCUGGUCAUUCUGGACGCACCCCUCACGGGAACGAAUAUUGGAGCCAUCAGAUUACCAAAUAGGUUGCAAAUCGAAGAAACUUUUGAAGGUGCAGUCGCAACUGCAUCCGGUUGGGGCAGAGUUUCCGAUGACGAUGGGAGACUGAGCCAAUUUCUGAAGUUUGUGAACGUGAACAUCAUUUCAAACGUGGACUGCGAGGCAAUUUACGGGCCGGCAGUGAAUGACGCAAAACUGUGCAUCGACACAAACAGCGGUUUCGAAGGAACUUGCUUUGGUGACUCUGGAGGACCUUUGACCAUUACUGAGGCCGACGGAAUCUCGACGGCGGUUGGAAUCACGAGUUUCGUUGAUGACGGCGGAUGCCAAACGGGCAAUCCUGCGGGUUUCACCAGAGUCAGCAUGUACAUUGAUUGGAUCAGUCAACAUUCUGGCAUCCCAGUUAGACCUUAAAGCUCUGUAAAAAUUUAAUUGCAUUUCUGCUUUUAUCAGGA